GUACUCUCUUUUGCACUUUUUUCUUGACUGUUUCUUUUCAAGAAAAAGUAAAAUAGAAAAUGAGAACAGAGGGGGAUGUUGAAUUAUUUGCAUGUGUCAUGUGUUCUCUCUGCAGAUAACCCAUUUGGGUACAAUUUUUAUUCUAUGUUACUUGUUUGAUUCCAUAGCAGCAUAUUUUGACUAUAGAGCCCCACUACAUAUAUAGCAAACCAAAAGAUUUUCAGAACAUUAAUUAGAAAAAAGUAGAUCGGAUCAUGAAAAAGAAAAUGGUACUACACACGCAAGUUGUUUAUUCUUCUUCCUUGGACAUUUCUUGAUUGUUUAUUCCUUCAAAUAAAAUAAAAAGACACAUUUUCUUUUAUAUAUGAACCACAUUGUCCCCACAACUUUGGAUCAAUCUGUGUCCACUUGAUAUUGUAGGCAUGUAUCUCCCCUCUCUGUGUACUUAUUUAUACAAAUGUAUAUGCAUAACUCUCUCUCCUUUGUGACAAUAAAAAGUGUAGUGUUAGCCAAUAGUGAGAUCAUCAUCUCUUCAAACUCCUUAUCUGCUCUUACAAAGUUCCAUUAAUGAUGGAGACUGUGAAGCCACUGGAUGUUGCUUCAGGAAAAGGAAAACUCAGACGCGCGUUUGUGAAAGUCAUCAACGUUAAAAAGCUAACCGGUGUGGUUCCAGAAGGUGACAAAGACUUGGUGAAGAAUGCUGCAAAUCUUUCAGAGUCAUUCGACAAACUCGAGGAAGAGUAUGAGAAAAGACUCGCCAUGGAAGCUCUUCUCGCAAAGCUCUUCGCCACGGUCUCUUCGAUUAAAUCUGGCUACGCGCAGCUGCAGUACGCUCAGUCACCGUACGAUCCGGCUGGGAUUCAGAGAGCAGACGGCUUGGUCGUGUCGGAGCUGAAGACAUUGUCUGAGAUGAAACAGAGUUUCUUGAAGAAGGAGUUUGAUAGUAACCCCGAUAGAACUCUUGUCGUCGCGGAGAUUCAAGAGCUGAGAAGCUUGUUGAAGACGUACGAGAUCACGGGGAAGAAGAUGGAGUGUCAGUUAAAGCUUAAAGACUCUGAGAUACUCUUCCUCAAAGAGAAGCUUCAAGAAUUAAUGAGUCAGAACAAGCUGAUGGAGAAGAGACUUAACCAAAGCGUUACACUGGAUCAUAAUAGUCAAACUCAUUUCGUUACUUAUCUGCACCACACAGUCAAAUCAAUCCGAGGAUUCGUCAAAACAAUGGUUCAGCAAAUGAGAUUCUCCGGCUGGGACGUGGAUACAGCAGCUGAUGCGAUACAGCCUGGAGUGUUGUACCACAAGCGAGACCACGCUUGUUUCGCCUUCGAGCAUUUCGUUUGUAAAGUAAUGUUCGAAGCGUUUCAUCUUCCUUACUUCUCGACCGAAUCAUCAUCGAGUAAGAGCAGAGAUAUGUUCUUUGAGAGGUUUACGGAGCUUAGAUCGGUGAAGGCGAGAGAGUACAUAGCGUCAAGGCCCAAGUCGAGAUUCUCGAGGUUCUGCAGGGGUAAGUAUUUGCAGCUCGUGCAUCCGAAGAUGGAGGUCGCGUUCUUCGGACAUUCGCACGUGAGGAACCAAGUCUCCGCCGGGGAGUUUCCCGACACGAGUUUCUGCGCUGCGUUUUUGGAGAUGGCGAAACGGGUUUGGCUCUUGCAUUGCCUCGCGUUCUCUUUGGAGCCCGAAGCUUCGAUCUUUGGAGUUUCCGAGGGUUGUAGAUUCUCGGAAGUGUACAUGAAGAGCGUGUCGGAAGAAUGCUUGUCGGAAUCUGAGCCGAGAGUUGCGUUUACUGUGGUUCCUGGGUUUAGAAUCGGGAAGACUUCGAUACAAUGCGAGGUUUACCUUUCUCCUUCGAAGUCAACGCCGGACAGUGGAUAGAUUCCGGCAGGGGUAUUAAGGUAAUUUAGAUGGUGGGGAUAUUUUUAGAGUUUAGGGAAAUAAAUGAGGAGAAAAUUUUCUGACCGCUGGAUUAAGGGAAGGAUGCAGUAUGUAUGUGACUCUGCCCUUUUUUUUUCUUUUAUAUUUUGUCAAUAUUUGUUCAGAGAGACAGAAGCAUCUUUGAGCUGUUCUCCAUCUGUUAUUAGUUAUCGUCACUAUCUCCUAUCGCAUGUAAAUAAUUCGUAAUAAUAAUAUAUUAUUGUCA